CACACCCAGGGGACAUCCCAGGGUCUCGGUCUCUCUGCGGAGGUUCUCUUCGCGUCCGCGUCCCGUGAAGACUCCAUGGCGCCCGCCGCCGCGGCACGCGUCCCGGAGCCCGCGCGCAUGCUGCUGCUGCUUCUGGCGCACGUGGCGUCCUCGGUCCCCUCGGGCUGCCCCGAGCGCUGCGUGUGCGACGACCAGCACGUGGUCCAGUGCGCCGAGCGAGGUCUGCGCGCGUUCCCGACGGGGCUCCCGCUCGCCACCCGCCAGCUCAUCCUGUCCAACAACCGCAUCUCCGAGCUCCCCGCGCUCGAGCUCAACUACCUGUCCGACCUCACCUACCUGGACUGCAGCAACAACUCCCUCACGCGCAUCUCCGAGUCCACGUUCGGCAACCUGAGAAAGCUGGCGUACCUGGACCUGUCCUUCAACUCCUUCUGUCAGAUAGAGGAGCAGGCGUUCGGCGCGCUGGAGAGCCUGGUGAUGCUGAGACUGACGGAUAACCCCGGGCUCUCGGACUUUCACCCUCGGGCUUUCUCGCACGCCAACGCUCUUCAGGUGCUGGACAUCAGCAGGAAUAACUUGAGCAGGCUUAACGUGAGCUCCCUGUCGGCUCUCGGCGCGCUCCGGUCUCUCGGGCUCAGCGGGAACCCGUGGCGCUGCGCGUGCGACGCGGAGGAGCUCUGCUCGUGGAUGCACGCGGACACCUUCAAGUUUCAAGAAGAGGGCCAGACGGUGUGCAACGGUCCACUACACUUACGAGGGCAGCGUCUCUCAGAGCUGGGCCUUUGGCUGAGAAGACAGUGCCAUCCGGGCCUGGCUCAGCAGGACUACCUGUUCUUUGUGGCCAUAGGUUUGGUCAUCUUCGGUGUAGGUACAGUGCUGGCCUGGUCAGCCGGUACAGUGAUAGUGCUCUGCCAGCGCUGCGUCAGACGGAGGAGCGACAGACCGAACACUGAGCUGAUCAGCGAGGACAUUAAAGCAGGGCAGUGUGGGUAAGGUAAGGGGAAUACCUGAGCAGCACAAUAAGGUGUAUCCGUCUGAAUCCAGUCAUCAUCUACUGCCAUACUGUACCUUCAUCUGAUCUGAUCGAGACGAAUCCUGUGCCUAUCCCACAAUCCCGUGCGUGCGACUGUCGAGCUCACAAAUAAAAUGACACCUGAAAGUUGCAGUUUGUGUGUCGAUCAAGCUCUUUGAGUUUGUGUUCAGAAGAUAAA